CAAAAUUACUGAACUAGCACGGUCGUGUCUUGCUUAAUAAUGGAAGCUAUGCGAAGUAUUGUAACGUAUUACAAUUAUUACUUCUAUGAGAAAACUAAUCCAAUAACGCGAGAUUGGUUUCUAGUUGCGAAUCCAUUGAAAGUCAUUAGUAUUGUGAGCUUCUACUUUUACUUCUGCACGCGCCUCGGUCCUCGUUUUAUGAAAGAUCGGGAUCCUUACGACGUAUCCAGUCUAAUGAUAGUUUAUAAUGUAUUACAAAUACUUUUAAGUACAUAUUUAUUCAGCGAGGGCACCACUUAUUUGCUGUUUUAUAAUUUCAAUUAUCGUUGUCAAGGACUGCCUUCUGAUGAAGUUACAGCACGAUGGAUAGCUGGAGCGGUAUGGAUUUAUUUUAUGGUAAAAAUAUCGGAGUUAUUGGACACUGUAUUCUUUGUUUUAAGAAAAUCGAACAGACAGAUAACAUCUCUGCAUUUACACCAUCAUAUAAUGAUGACAUUAGCAGCAUGGUUUGGUACUACGUAUGAACCAGGCGGUCAAGGAAUUUUAAUAGGCUAUAUUAACGCAUUUGUACAUAUGGUCAUGUACAUCUACUAUUUGAUUGCUGGACUUGGAGACAAAUACAAAAAACACUUGUGGUGGAAGAGACAUGUAACGGAAUUACAGUUGGCACAAUUUGUUUUUCUAGGGCUACAUAGUAUUAACAGUUUGUUCUAUGAAUGUGAGUAUCUCAUGAUUUACAAAAUAUUGACAAUAUUUUAUACUCUAUUCUUCAUAAAUAACUUCGGAAAGUUUUACUACGAUAAUUAUAUCAAGAAAGUGAAAUGAUGGAAUGAAAUCUACACAAACUGGCGAACAAUACAUAUAUCAAAGUGAUAAUUAUUUUUAUUAAUAAUAAUAAAGUAUAAAAACAGAAAACGAAUAUUGAAAAGUAUAUUACGAUUGACAGCUAGAUUUCUUGAGAAAAUAUACAUAUGUUUACUCGAGAAAUCGAGAAACCAAUAGAGGAUAAUUUAAUAUGUAUAAUAAAAAAAUACAAAAAUUUA